CCUGAAUGGAUAAACAUCAUUCUCCAGAAGUUUGGCAUCCUGGCACCACAGAGAAAACGAUCAACAAACUUCCCUCUCUCAAGGGAGGUGAAAACACAGCCCAAAAGCCAGAGGUAGAAGACACCCCCAGAGACACGGAACCCCUGUCCCUCCUGGACCGGCUGAGGGUCUGCACUGUUCUGGAGGACACGGCAGACCAGCUCUCCAUCCUGAACUACAUCAUGCCCGUUUAUUACGAAGAGAGGCAAGGCGCCCUCUUGAGAAAAAACAGAGAAAGUGCUUUUGAAGGAAAAACAUCAGAAAAACUUUCCCUACGAACAAAUUCCUCCAAGUUAUCCACUCCGUUCAUCACUAAAGAAGAACCCAAGUUGUUAGAAGCCAAACCAGGACUCCCGUUAGUCAAGGAGGUGAGCAAAAUGCAAGACCUUGUCUUCAAGAAACCUACAAGGCAGACCAUCCUGACCAUGGAGACACUGAAGAAAAUUCAGAUGGACAGGCAAUUUUUCAGUGAUGUGGUUUAUGACACCAUGCAGGAGUUAAAUGAUUCAGGUCAAUUCACCAGUCUCCUGAAUGCAUUGAGCAAAGAGAAGGAAAACAAGACACAUUUUUAUGAUUUAAUUGCAAGGGAGGAGAAAGGAAGAAAGCAGAUAAAAUCUCUUCAAAAGCAGCUUCUCAACGUCAAGCGGGAGCGGCAGGUUGAGAUUCAGAGCCAGAAUGAAUAUAUCGCUCACCUCAAGGACCAGCUGCAGGAGAUGAAGGCGAAGACCAACAUGGAGAAUCGCUAUAUGAAGAUGAACACCGAGCUGCAGAUUUCCCAGACAAUGAAGAAGUGCAGCAAAGCCGAGGAACUCAUGCUGGAGGAGAUAGAGAAAGUGAGGCAGAAAACUGAAGACGAGAACCGGAUUCAUCAGGAGAUUGAAAUAUUCCUGAGAAAGCAACAGCAGACACUUGAGGAUAAACUGGAGUUCUGGAUGGAGAAAUUUGAUAAGGACACGGAAGCGAAACAGAACGAACUCAACGCGCUCAAAGUGGCAAAAGCCACUGACUUAAUGCACCUGCAGGAGCUGGCAAAGACGAUAAGAGAGUAUGAACAGGUUAUCAUUGAAGAUCGUCUAGAAAAGGAGACAUAUAGGAAAAAACGAGAAAAGGAAGUCUUGGAAUUAAAGAGCAUCAUAAAGCUUCAAGCCUGGUGGCGAGGCACUAUGGUCCGGAGGGAAAUUGGUACUUUCAGAUUGCCGCGGAAGGGGGUGGACACCAAGGACCAAAAAAAGGGUAAAGGCAAAGAGAAGGACAAGAGAAAAGGGAAGAAAUAAUA